AUCUGAACCAGACCAAGUUCCCCAUCAACAUCCUCAUCAUGCCGAACAUGGCCACCGUGGAGUCAAGGAAGGACCUCGUGCUCUCGAAGAUCGUCCUCGUGCUGUCGUUCUUCUUCUUCGGGUUUAUGUGUUNGGGGGGGGAGGGGGGGGGGGGGGGGGGGGGGGGGGGGGGGGGGGGGGGGGGGGGGUUGCAUCUGUAGGCACGAAAAUAUCGCCCGAGGGAGGAGCAGGUGGGCUUAGAAGAAACCACUACCCAAGGGAACAGCUGAAAAUAGAAAUCACUGCCCUUCUUGUUGUGUGUUGCAGGAAUCCAUGAAGCACUAAGUGAUGUUCUUGUUGUGUGUUGCAGGAAUCCAUGAAGCACUAAGUGAUGUUCUUGUUUUGUGUUGCAGGAGUCCAUGAAGCUCAUGGGCCUCAGCUCUACGAUGUACUGGAUCUCAUGCCUCCUGGGGGCCCUGCCCUUCGGAAUGAUUAUAACAAUAGCCCUGGUCGGCUCGUGCUGUAUCCCGUUUUCUGGCGCAGCUGGCCCCAUCUUCAACAGCAGUCCCAUCCUGCUGUUCAUCUUUUACGUCAUGUACACCGUCAACAUCACCACUUUUGCCUUCCUACUGAGCUGCUUCAUCAACAAAGGUAAGCCUUUCAAUUUAAGUUACACGUCAUUUAAUUUCGUUUUUUCAGCGUCGUCGGUAUAAAUUAAUUAAUCCCUUGGAUGUUGUUCAUCCAUGAUCGAUCCUUGUAAAAAUUCUGUAAACUAUGUCAAGGAUGCAAGCGUAACUUUGUUACAUCAUCUUUCCGAGUGGUUGAAAGCCUGAGAUUAAGCAAGAAGUUACAAAAAAUUCCAUGGUUUUAGGAACAGUUUGUUCUUGCAACUGUUUCCAUGACCUUGCAAAAAAAUUGCCACCGGUUUUGACAACAAAUUCCCCAUGGCUUUAAAACAAUUUUUUUUUGUUUUUUAAAAAAAGAACAACAUUUCCAUUUUUCUUUUGUUGUUGUUGUUGUUGCGAUAACCGCUUUAAAAACGAAUGUAGCCAGUGUCUGGCCGCGGAUGUGUCAGGUAUGCACUAUCGGGUGAUCCACAGUAUUUCAGUUUGUGCGUGACAAAAUAAGUAGGUUUCUGAAUUAAUACAACCAUUUUACAAUGUUCCGUUUGGAGUAAGGGCCUCUUAAUUCGUUUUUUUUAAAAAUGUUAAAUUAUAUGAGCUAUAUAGAUAUAAUUUCAAUCUGAUCUAUUGCAUUGGUGGAUCAGUCGCUACAAGUGUGUGCACUCAAUUUUUAAAAUCCAUGCUUAUCACAUGGACAGCUGUAUGUGGCCUGUUCACUUCUCACAUGGACAGCUGUAUAUGGCCUGUUAACUUCAAAAGGGAUAGCUGUAUGUGGCCUGCUAACUUCUCACAAGGACAGCUGUAUGUGGCCUGCUCACUUCUCACGUGGACAGCCGUAUGUGACCUGCUGGCUUCUCACAUGGACAGCUGUAUGUGGCCUGCUAACUUCUCACAUGGACAGCUGUAUGUGGCCUGUUCACUUCUCACGUGGACAGCUGUAUGUGGCCUGCUCACUUCACACAUGGACAGUUGUAUGUGGCCUGCUCACUUCUUACAUGGACACUGUAUGUGGCCUGCUAACUUCUCACAUGGACAGCUGUAUGUGGCCUGCUCACUUCACACAUGGACAGUUGUAUGUGGCCUGCUCACUUCUCACAGGGAUAGCUGUAGGUGGCCUGCUAAUUUAUCACAUGGACUGCUGUAUGUGGCCUGCUAAUUUAUCACAUGGACAGCUGUAACUGGCCUGCUAACUUCUUACAUGGACAGCUGUAUGUGGCCAGCUAACCUCUAAUGGGAUAGCUGUAUGUGGCCUGUUCACUUCCCACGUGGACAGCCGAAUUGGGCCUACUCAAUUCUCACAUGGACAGCUGUAUGUGGCCAGCGAACUUCUAAAGGGAUAGCUGUAUGUGGCUUAAUCUAAUCUUACUUGGACAGCUGUAUGUGGUCAGCUAACUUCUAAAGGGAUAGCUGUAUAUGGCCUAAUCUUUUCUUACAUGGACAGCUGUAUGUGGCCUGCUAACUUCUAAAGGGAUAGCUGUAUAUGGCCUAAUCUUUUCUUACAUGGACAGCUGUAUGCUAACUUCUAAAGGGAUAGCUGUAUAUGGCCUAAUCUUUUCUUACAUGGACAGCUGUAUGUGGCCUGCUAACUUCUAAAGGGAUAGCUGUAUAUGGCCUAAUCUUUUCUUACAUGGACAGCUGUAUUUGGCCUGCUAACUUCUAAAGGGACAGCUCUAUGUCGUCUGCUAACUUCUCACAAGGACAGCUGUAUGUGGCCAGCUAACUUCUAAUGGGAUAGCUGUAUGUGGCCUGUUAACUUCUCACGUGGAUAGCUGUAUGUGGCCUGCUAACUUUUCACAUGGACAGCUGUAUGUAGCCUGCUCACUGUAUAUGGCCUACUAACUUCUAAAGGGAUAGCUGUAUGUGGCCUGUUCACUUCUCACAUGGACAGCCGUGUUGUUUGCUAACUUGUAAAGGGAUAGCUGUAUGUGGCCUGCUAAGUUCUCACAUGGACAGCUGUAUGUGGCCUGCUAACUUCUCACAUGGACAGCUGUAUGUGGCCUGCUACUUUCUAAAGGGACAGCUGUAUGUGGCCAGCUCACUUUUCACAUGGACAUCUGUAUGUGGCCUGCUCACUUUUCACAUGGACAGUUGUAUGUAGCCUGCUCACUUUCACAUGGACAGCUGUAUGUGGCCUGCUCACUUUCACAUGGACAGCUGUAUGUAGCCUGCUCACUUUCACAUGGACAGCUGUAUGUAGCCUGCUCACUUUUCACAUGGACAGCUGUAUGUAGCCUGCUCACUUUUCACAUGGACAGCUGUAUGUAGCCUGCUCACUUUCACAUGGACAGCUGUAUGUGGCCUGCUCACUUUUCACAUGGACAUCUGUAUGUGGCCUGCUCACUUUUCACAUGGACAGCUGUAUGUAGCCUGCUCACUUUCACAUGGACAGCUGUAUGUAGCCUGCUCACUUUUCACAUGGACAGCUGUAUGUAGCCUGCUCACUUUUCACAUGGACAGCUGUACGUGGCCUGAUCGCGUGUCCAAAAACCUUCUAUCUUAUUCGUUUGCUUUCUAGACGGAAAAAGAAAAGAAAUAUUGUCUGUAUAAAAGUACUUUCUUUGUGUGGCAUUGCAACGCGUGCCGAGAUGAGAGAGACAGAGAGAGAGGGGGAGAGAGAGAGGGGGGAGAGAGAGAGUGAGGGGUAGAGGGAGGGAGGGGGGAUAUUAUAUACUGUUUUCCUUGCGAGAUGUAUUUAUGGACUAACGUCAUUGUGUAUCAGGUGGAUGUUUGAGUUCUGUGCAAAAUAAAGCCAUAAUGCACAAUAAACUUGUUUAGUGUCUUUUGAAUCACACUAGUCCCGUGUUGUGAACCAGGCAGAUUUGCCAUCAGAAUACGAGACAUCGUAUAGUCGCCAUCAUCAUAAGAUGUUAGACAAGGUGAACUAUUUGACACCACCCCCCCCCCCCCCCCCCCCCCCCCCCCCCCCCCCCCCCCAUCCUUCCAUCCUCCUAUUUAUCCAAUCACCAUACCCAAUUAUCGUCCCCUUAAACAUACCAUCUUCUUCCUCAACCCCCCCCCCUCGUGUCCUCGGCAGCUCGCAAUGCUGUUGUGGCGUCAGCGACGCUCUUCGUGGCCACCUCGUUCGGAGUUGACCUGGCGAUCAAAUACAUGACAUCACGCAUCAUGACUUUGCUUGUGGGCACCAUUGUACCCCAGACUGGGCUGGACAUCUUCUUGAAGCAACUGGUUAAAAUGGAACUGAGAGGUAAGUUCCCGUAAACAUCCAGCUGGUUAGAAUGGAACUGAGAGGUAAGUUCCCGUAAACAUCCAGCUGGUUAGAAUGGAACUGAGAGGUAAGUUCCCGUAAACAUCCAGCUGGUUAGAAUGGAACUGAGAGGUAAGUUCCAGUAAACAUGAUGAAUAAAAAGAUAUCAUUUUAGCAAACCGAGUUAUUACAAAAGUCGAAAGUUGAAAACUGAAUGGGGUACGACCAUGAAGGACAAAACUUAAUUGACUUCCCACGGUGAAAAGAUCGACAGGAUUGGUUCCGCUCUCUUCUCAUUGGUCGUUGUCAUGGUGGUGCUAAGGAAACGUGGAUUGGGUAACACUUGCCCGUGAAUUGAGAGGAAACAAUUUAUUCAGAUUACCAUUAUUUAAAAAAAAAAAAAGUAAUAAUUAUCUUAAGCGUCAGUUUUACUGACCCCCAAUCAACUUACUGGAAUCGCGUUUAGACACAACAAAUGCGAAUGCGUGUAUGGUUUGCACCGACUUUGGGCAAAGGAUUUUCUUAAUCGAAAUUCAAAAUAACAGAUUAAUAGUAAUAAAAUAACUACAUACAUUGAUAUGGAAUAGCGCGUCAUCGCAUUGACCAACAGGCGUCUGGCCCGUUUGGAGGUGUGUGUAUGUGUGUGGGGGGGGGGUUAAGAGCUCGCGCUCGAUGACCCACCGACGCUAUUUCCCGAUGUGACGUACUGACCAUAACAAAUAUACAGCUACCUCACCAAUCUUUAAGAUGGGGUGAAAUGUCUAAGAUAACCCCAAUCUUAACAUUUCCACCCCUUGUGUUGCGGUGUGGAGUCUCGUGGCGAAUAGAUUAUGUGUACUAAAGUGUCAAAACACAAUGGUCACAGGUUAGUAAUAUCCACACGACUGAUCGGAGAUUGGCUGGAUUAAAGCAAUCUUAACUUUAAGUCAUGGUAUUAAAAUGGAUCAGGGUGGACAGCUCGAAACACACACACCCACACCACCCCCAACCCCCCACCCCCCCCCCCCAAACUCCCGAACGAAUUAUACUCACGAAACACCCCCCCCCCCCCCCCAACCCCCCCCCCCCCCCCCCCCCAAACUCCCGAACGAAUUAUACUCACGAAUUAUUGAUAUAAAGUUUCUGUGAAGUCUUUGAAUCGAACACAUUUUCUUCUUCUUCUUCUUUUUCUUUAUUUGGAGGGCCCAGGAUCAAUGAAUUGAUCAUUCUGGCUCCUAUGUUUCAGAGGGGUUCGCGAUGUCACUGUCCAUGGGUUUCAAUGGGAUACUUUCACUGGUUGCAAGGGCGACUCAGCAGUGGUGUUACGAACUGGGGGGGGGGGGUUGGAAGACAGGAGGCAGUGGACACAAAUGUCUCGAGUGUAGCCGCCUCAACUGUUGCUUUGUCAUUUGAGACGGAUAUGGUUUUGGUUUUUUUUCUCCAUUUUAAAGAUCGAACAAUGACGUUUUCCAACUUCAUGGACAAUCCUUCCGUACCGCACCAAUCCGGUUUGGAGGCCGUUCUCAUUCUAAUACUGAACUCCACCUUCAAUAUGUUGAUCGUGGCGUAUGUGGACGCCGUGAACCCGGGGGAAUUCGGUGUGCCGCAGCCCUUUAACUUUUUCUUGACGGUAAGUUAA